AUGUCCAUUUCGGAAGACCCUCGGGCCGAGUCGUGGAACGUCACGGCGCCUCUGGCGUGCGCGGCGGCGCUCUUCUUCCUGCUUUUGGCCUCCCGCCGCGACACCUCGGAGCGGGGCGACAAGAAGGACCCCCCGGGGCCCCGGCCUUUGCCGCUGCUCGGUAACCUGCUGCAGCUGGAUCUCAAGUGGCUGGACCGAGCCCUGUCAAAGCUCGCGAAACAAUACGGCUCCGUUUUUAGCAUCUACCUGGGCACCAGGCAAGUCGUGGUCCUGGCCGGGUACAAGGCGCUCAAAGAGGCUCUGGUGGGCAACGCCGUUGAGUUCGGGGAGCGCUACGUCAACCCCAUUUUUGAGGAGAUGAAUCUCGGUCACGGCAUUAUAUUUUCCAACGGGGACACGUGGAAAGAAUUGCGGCGUUUCGCCCUCAGCACUCUGCGAGACUUCGGCAUGGGCAAACGACUGGCGCAAGACAAAAUCCUGGAGGAGUGCCGCUAUCUCAUUCCCGUUUUGGAAGGUCACAAAGGUCGGCCGUUCAACACGACGUCCCCCCUGAGCCACGCAACGUCCAACAUCAUCUGCUCCAUCGUAUACGGCGACCGAUUCCAAUACGACGACGCGCGCUUCGUGAGCAUGGUCAAACGCGCCAACGACACCAUUCGCAUGAUGAGUUCCGUUCAGAUACAGCUCUACAACAUGUUCCCCAGGUUGUUCGGUUGGUUGAAAGACCGGCACGUGGUUGUCAGCAAACGUAACGAAAACAUGGAGGACAUUCGAGAGCUUCUGCGACAACGCAAGGAGAAGUUCAACCCCGAAAUGUGCACCGGGGUGGUAGACUGCUUCUUCGUUCGCCAGCAAAAAGAAGAGGAAGCGGGCGUGGAGCGGAGCCAAUUCAAUGAGGAAAACAUGAUGUUCGUGGUGGCCAACCUGUUUGCGGCCGGCACCGACACAACCUCCACUACACUGCAGUGGAGCUUGCUGCUCAUGGCCAAAUAUCCCGAAAUACAAGAGCGCGUCUUCGAGGAGCUUUGCCAGGUGGUCGGAAGCCGCCCCAUGGAUGUAGACGACCGAAAGAACCUGCCGUACACCAACGCCGUCAUCCACGAGGUGCAGCGAUUCGGCAACAUCGCUCCCAUGGCCAUCUUGCACCAAACCACGCAGGACAUCACCUUCCAAGACUACUUCAUCCGAAAGGGCACCGCUGUGAUUCCGCUGCUUUCGUCCGUCCUUUACGAUGAGAGCCAAUGGGCAACGCCGAACACCUUCAAUCCUUCCCAUUUCCUGGAUAACGAGGGCAAAUUUGUCAAGAAGGACGCCUUUAUGCCUUUCUCUGCGGGUCGCAGGGUUUGUCUGGGCGAAGGUCUGGCCCGUAUGGAGAUCUUCCUGUUCUUCACCUCCCUCAUUCAGCGCUUCCGCUUCACUCCUCCGCCCGGUAUAUCCGAGGAAGAGCUGGACCUGAAGCCCCUGGUGGGCUUCACCCUCAAUCCCACUCCUCACGAGUUGUGCGCCGUCCGUCGCCAGUGA